GAAGAGAAAACCUAUAAAUGCAUGGAAUGUGGAAAAAGCUUCAAUUGGAGGAAAAGGUUUUAUACACAUCAAAGAAUCCACACUGGAGAAAAGCCAUAUAAAUGCCUUGAAUGUGGGAAAAGCUUCAGUGUGAGGGGAAACCUCUACAAACAUCAAAGAAUUCACACUGGAGAAAAACCCUAAAAGUGCCUGGAGUUUGGAAAGAGCUUCAGUGGGAGGGGAAGUCUUUAUACACAUCAAAGGAUCCACACUGGAGAAAAACCAUAUAAAUGCCUUGAAUGUGGAAAGAGCUUCAGUCAGAGGGGACACCUUUAUACACAUCAAAGAAUUCACAUUGGAGAAAAAACAUAUAAAUGCCUGGAGUGUGGAAAGAGCUUCAGUGGAAAGGGAAGUCUUUCUAAGCAUCAAAGAAUCCACACAUGAGGAAAAACCAUAUAAAUACCUUCAGUGUGGGGAAUUCUUCACAACAAGCACAAAUCUUUACUGUGUGUGAAUACAAUGAGAAAUUCUUCCUGAUCUGAAUUCACCUGGGAGAAAACCCCUAAAAAUUCAUGGUGCGUGGAAAAGGUUCACUCAAAAUAGGUCUCAAUAAAAAUUACAAAUUUACACUCAGCAGAAAGUUUAUAAAUGCACCCAGAGUGUGCUGAAUCCUUCAGAACAAAUGGCAGUGUCAGCUCCCCAUAGAUCCCUAUAGGGACGCUGCCCUUCUGGCGGGAGGGGGGACCCCGGGGGCUUUUCUGUGGUGCAUCCAUUUUACUCUGUUCCUCUUUUCCUUUGAUUAUCUUCCUGGGGAUGGAGGGAUGAGCCUGGGGCCAUCUGUUUUGUCUCAGCUCCCGAGGAUCUCAGCCUCUGAGAAGAACUUCUUACCACCUCCUCAGAUCAGAGUUCUCAUAACACCUUUGCACCUCUGCAUUGGCUCUCUGUAUACUGAGCAGUUGGGAAGGAUUUUGAAAUGUGGGUUUUAAGCUGUUGUUUUCACACGGGAAUUUUAGAUCCUGCCUGCUUUCUCUGCAAUCUAUCUCUCAAUAAAAGUUCCUUUUGAAAUGA